AUGCCUCUGUGGCGCGACUUGGCACAUUCCCAGACCUUCACACCAUCUCAGCGCGACACCGUCUCGAAGAGUCACCGACUUGUGUCUCCCGCGGCCUACUGGCCGGCCUUCUACGUCAAUGUCGACGACACACAAGUCUGGGUGGGCGGCGAGUCCCGGAGCAGUUUCGUCCGGAUUGUCGUGGAGCAGAUCGCGCGGACCACAUUUGAAGCCGUUCCUCAUCGACAGGACCAGUUGGAUUGGAAAAUGGGAUCCGAACUAUAUGAGACUCCUGGUGACCUGUGGCGGCUUCGGCGCUUGGAUCCUCCUCCAUUCCCAGACAAGGAGAAGAAAUUGGCCGAGGCGAACAGACUCAUUGCGCAUAUGUGA